AUGUCCCUAGGAGAUGUGUUGGAUUUCAUCACUGCGUUAUUAGAAACCACUGAAACAGACACAACAUCAAGAAAACCAGAGCUUGUUUGGGAAGAUGACCAUGGUAGAACAUUCACGCAAAAAGUAAUUCCAUCGAAAGCAAAAUUUUUAGACUUAUGGGAAAAAAAAUAUAUCUCGCGAAUGCAUGUAUAUUAUAGUUUUACCAUAGCAGAUUUCACUGACGAAAAUGAUAAAGAUAAAAAAACAUAUAAGUACUUUGAUGAGCUUUUCAUAACUAUAGCGAAUAUCAGGUUUAUCCUUGAGCGAAAGGGCAAACCAACAUAUAAAUUUGUCGGUUAUCAGAUAAGAAUAAAUCCUCUCCUUGAGCCUUUAGUAACGUUGAGUAAUAUUGCUCAUGAUAACAAACAAUUUAUAUGUAAUGUGAAUGAACAGCUUGUGCCACCAAAAUUUUACGAUAUCACUGGUUAUAAAGAUGCACUCGUGUUUGAGUUUUAUAAGCGCUUUUCAUUCAAAAGAGUUGAAGAAUCAACUGAUGGUCAAAAAAAGGAAUAUUAUGUAAAAGAACCAUAUGAAAUUCCUAAAGACUCUAAUAUAAUGGUUGAACUUAUAUUAGAGUCUGGUACUCAAUCUCAACAUAAAUAG